GGGAACUGAUCACAGCCGCACAUGAGCUUGGAGUUGCCCAUCCCCCCGGGUAUCCUUUGUUCACACUGGUGGCUAGCCUGGCAAUCACUCUCUUUCCAUUUGGUUCCGUUGCCUACCGAGUCAAUCUUCUCUGUGGCUUAUUUGGAGCGGUAGCUGCUUCACUCCUUUUUUUCACCGUUUUCAGGCUUUCUGGCUCACAUGCUGGAGGAAUCCUUGCUGCGGGGGUGUUUUCAUUUUCUCGCCUAACAUGGCAGUGGUCCAUUGCAGCCGAGGUUUUUAGCUUAAACAAUCUGUUUGUGGGGCUGCUCAUGGCGCUUACUGUGCGUUUUGAGGAGGCAGCAGCCGCAAAGGAGAGAUCAAAGAUAGCAGUCAUUGGUGCUUUCUCCUGUGGCCUUAGUUUGUGUAAUCAGCACACAAUAGUACUCUAUGUUUUAUGCAUUAUACCCUGGAUUCUCUUCCGACUUCUGAAAGAGAAGGAACUCGCCUUUAGCUCUCUGUUGAAGCUCACUCUGGCCUUCUCGGCUGGCCUGCUGCCCUACAUCUAUCUGCCUGUGUCUUCCUACCUCAAUCAUGCCCGCUGGACCUGGGGAGACCAGACGACACUAAGAGGGUUCCUGACACAUUUUCUCCGGGAAGAAUAUGGAACAUUCAGCCUGGCCAAAUCUGAAAUAGGAUCCAGUGUGUCUACAAUACUGCUUUCACAAAUAAUAAAUAUGAAGACGGAACUUUCAUUCAACAUCCAAGCUCUUGCAGUUUGGGCAAAUAUAUGUUUAGCCAGAAAGGACAGACGGCAGUCUUCAUUAGUAUGGCUUUUCACUGGAAUGCUUUUUAUUUAUUCAUUAUUCUUUGCUUGGAGAGCAAAUUUAGAUAUUUCAAAACCACUUUUCAUGGGUGUGGUGGAACGAUUCUGGAUGCAGAGCAAUGCAGUGGUGGCUGUUCUCGCUGGCCUUGGUUUGGCCACACUUGUGUCUGAGACUAACCGAGUGCUGAACUGCAAUGGGAUUCAAUAUCUGGAAUGGCUGUCAGCAACUCUUUUUGUAACUUACCAAAUAUAUUCAAAUUACAGCAUUUGUGACCAAAGAACCAAUAAUGUGAUCGAUCAGUUUGCACGAAACCUUCUGGACUCCAUGCCUCGUGAUGCAAUCAUCUUACUCAGGGGAGAUUUGCCAGGGAAUUCUCUCCGUUACUUGCAUUACUGUGAGGGGUUGAGGCCAGAUGUUUCCCUAGUGGAUCAAGAAAUGAUGACGUAUGAGUGGUAUUUACCCAAGAUGGCAAGACAUCUACCAGGAGUGCACUUUCCUGGGGACCGAUGGAACCCUGUGGAAGGAGUAUUACCUAGUGGAAUGGUCACAUUCAAUCUUUAUCACUUUCUGGAAAUGAAUAAACAAAAAGAAACAUUUGUUUGCAUAGGAAUUCAUGAAGGUGACCCAACUUGGAAGAAGGGCUAUUCACUUUGGCCAUGGGGGUCUUGUGACAAAUUGGUUCCUUCAAGGAUUGUAUUCAACCCAGAAGAGUGGAUUAAAAGCACCGCAAGUAUCUAUAACUGGACCGAGGAAUAUGGAAGGUUUGAUCCAUCUUCUUGGGAAUCUGUGGCCAAUGAGGAGAUGUGGCAAGCAAGGAUGAAAACACCGUUCUUCAUCUUUAACCUGGCAGAGACUGCCAAGGUGCCUCCAAAUGUGAAAGCACAGCUCUACACUCAUGCAUAUAAAAAAAUCUGUCAAGAUAACAAUGGAAUGCCAACAUUUGCUGUCUUCCAGCUUUAUAAGGAGAUAGUGUACUUUCAAGAGGAACACCCAGUGAAUUGGCACAAGAACUACGCCAUCGCCUGCGAGCGGAUGCUGCGCCUUCCAGGGACAGACGCAAAGCCUGAAGUCCUGCUGUCUGAAACCAUCAGACAUUUUCGUCUCUACACUCAGAAAGCACAGAGUGACCCACAGCGAGCAGACAUUAUAGCUGCUCUCAAGCACCUCAGAAGAGAACUGCAAAGUCUAAGAAAUACAAAAAAGGUCUGAGCCAGCAAACAGUGGCAGCCUGCUCGCUGUUCUGCUCUCAGAGUUUAAGGUCUUGAGCCAGCAAAUGGUGGCAGCCUGAUCGCUGUUCUGCUUCCAGAGUUGCUAAAGUCCAAAAGCUUUCCUUCAAGUAAAGAAGUUGUAUCAAAAAUGUAGAAAUCUCAAUUAUCUCCUGGAUAUAAGUAAUGUAUACAGCAGAAACACAUUAAUGACUAAAGUGUAUGCCUUAUGCAAAGUUGUGUUUAUCUCAUGUUGCCAAAUUAGCAUUUCCAUGAGAAGCGUUCAGAAACAUCUGCAGUCUUCAUAUACCAACUGUAGGCUGUAGAUGGGAAGGAACUGUCUCCACAGACCUGAAACGUUUCUGAGUCUUUUGUGGUCUGUGAUUAUUGGGAUCCAUUUAAAAAGAUAUUCUUAAAAUGCCCAUUCCAAACCAAACGCAUUUUCCAUUUCCUGCAAGUGACAUAGUCUCUGAAAACAAUUCUUGUUAUACCUCAUUAGAAUUCCUUUUUACUCUAGUUAACUAUAAUUGUUAGAGUCUGAAACUUUAUGCCAAGUAUGUGAUUUUUUUAAACUUUUGAGUUUUAUCAUCUUCAUCUGUAGUCACUGAAAAGGAAAGCUAAUUUCAUGUUUUCUUAUUUCAGUUGCAGAAACAGGCAAAUUAAAUGGCAUUUAACAUGUCCUUAAUUAAUUUCAUAUUUAUGUUUUACUGCUAUUUGGAUUCACAGAUCUAGACCCAAUAAUUAGUAGGUAGCUGGCUGCCCAGAUGCACAAAGCAGUGUGGCCAAGAGUGGGGGUGGGGAAGUUGUUCAAUAAAUUCAUUUUUGUUACAGGCAUCUUUUAUACAUAUUAAUAAAGGGAACAUAGUAAGAAAUGCAAAUAAUAAUAGUUCUUUAUUUUAUUAUGACAGUUAAUUAAUAGCAACCUGUUUUAAUGAAUAAAGUCACUCAGAGUCCUUCAGCACUUCCUAAGUAGAGGCCAGAAUCUGUAGGGAUUCUUUCCCCCUGAUUGUAUAGCUCCUAGACUCCAAGCACUAUAUAGGCCCCUGUAUAGAAAUGCUCACUAAUGAAGAGGGAGGGCUAGAAGCUUGUCUGCAUUCAAAGAUCACUGGUGAGUCAUUCAGCAAGAAAAGGCCCCUUACCAGGAAUAGUCACAGUUCCGUGGCAUUGUACUAGCAAAAGGGUCUGAUCAAAGGUCUCCCGUGGAGCUUGCAUGGUUCCCUUUCAUACUACGACCAUAAUUAAAACCACUAAUUCUCUUUUAAAAUGCUGCAGGAUGCCAUGUAGGCAUCUGUCUGGAGUGUCCUUUGUGAUGUCAUAAGCUGUUAAGGACCAGUGCCGAGGGCUUUUGAGUGAAAUGCCAGUCAUGAAGGUGCUUCAAGACAAGGGUGCCUCUAAAAGCUUGACAGGGCCUUGACUGCACAAUUCGAGCUGAAUUUGCCCCUUGUCAGCUGCCAGUAAAUAAAUCUCAAAGGGGAAAAGCUGAAGUUUCAUUACCUGAUCCAUGGGGCUUUGUUGGUUUUGGCAUCACACAGGGGAAGCUCUUGCCCCUCCAUUCUCUGGGUUUGAAGAUGUCCAUUGGAGCCUGCAGGGCCUGGACAGGGUUCAGAGCGGAACCUUUUGAAGAGUGUCAAUAGUUGUAACAGUUCAGCUGUUAGGAAGACAAAUACAUGGAGGAGCUCAUUAAUCCGCUUUUGGCUCUCGGUGCCUUUUGCCCUUUUAUCACAGCCUUAUUAGGCUCCUGCUCAUCUUGAACCAGAAAAAACUGAAUUGAAGUUGUUGAGUACUAAUUGGCAAAGACUUUAAUCAUGGGCCAAGAACUUUCACUGACUUGAAAGUAACUUCUCCACAGGGAAGAGCCAGAAACCUGGUUUACCUUAAAACAAAAACCUGUUGGAGCUCAGUGUGGUGUGAAAAUUGAAGGAAGCAUCGAUAAAUUGUCUAAGUCUAUCCAUUCAAAAAAAUUAUGUAAGAUUAUGAUUUUCACUUUCCUGGGAGGACAAUAAAAUUCAAACAUUUCUUAAGAAA